CUUACAUAUUUCAACAGUUAAAUUUACAUAUUUAUAUUCUGUAAUAUUUAUGUUAAAUUUAACUACAUUUUUACUUCGAUAAUGCUAAUCAUUGUUGAUUCAUGACGUAUCCGUGAUAGUUGACUUUCCGUUGACUUGAUUGAUUGAUUAAUUGUUAUAGGUGGAUAUAGAGUUGAGUCCAUUCAGUGGACUUGUGAUGGAUCAGUAUGAGAAGGUUGAAAAGAUUGGGGAAGGAACAUAUGGUGUGGUGUACAAGGCUCGUGACAAAGUUACCAACGAAACUAUUGCUUUGAAGAAGAUUCGUCUGGAACAAGAAGACGAGGGAGUGCCAAGCACUGCUAUCCGAGAGAUUUCAUUGUUGAAAGAGAUGCAGCAUGGUAACAUUGUCAGGCUACAGGAUGUUGUACACAGUGACAAACGAUUGUAUCUGGUCUUUGAGUAUCUGGACCUGGAUUUGAAGAAGCACAUGGACUCUUCUCCAGAGUUUUCGAAGGAUCCCCGUAUUGUUAAAACGUUUCUAUAUCAAAUCCUACGUGGCAUUGCUUAUUGCCAUUCACAUAGAGUUCUCCAUAGAGAUUUGAAGCCUCAGAACCUUUUGAUUGAUCGUCGUACCAAUGCUCUAAAGCUAGCAGAUUUUGGAUUGGCCAGGGCUUUUGGAAUCCCUGUUAGAACAUUUACGCAUGAGGUGGUGACUCUAUGGUAUCGGGCACCAGAAAUUCUUCUUGGAUCCCGUCACUACUCUACUCCAGUUGAUGUGUGGUCGGUUGGCUGCAUAUUUGCAGAGAUGGUGAACCAGCGACCACUCUUCCCUGGAGACUCAGAGAUUGAUGAACUUUUCAAGAUCUUCAGAAUCAUGGGAACCCCAACAGAAGAUACAUGGCCUGGUGUGACGUCUCUGCCUGACUUUAAAUCCGCCUUUCCAAAGUGGUCCUCAAAGGACCUGGCAGGUGUGGUCCCAACUCUCGAUAAAACGGGUCUUGAUCUCUUACGUAAAAUGCUGUGCUUGGAUCCCAGCAGAAGAGUUACUGCCAGGAUUGCACUCGACCAUGAAUACUUCAAAGAUGUUGGGUCCGUGCCAUAAAUCCAGGUUAUCUACAUGUGCCAAACCGAAUCCUUCAUGGAAUAUUAUGUGAAAUAUGCGUGCCGUUUUAGGUGAUUUUUCUGUGUUCAUUUCUUCUACCUUCUUAGGACAAUUAACUUUAAGGUGCUUUCUUGGAAGCCAUUGUCGAAUUGGCUUGUUCCUUGUCUCUUCAUCUGAAACCCUUGUUCUGAAAAAAGUUUCAAAUUUCUUGUAACAAUUUUUAUUGAUGAAGGACAUAUCAUCAGGUUUUGUUUAAAUCCUUUCAAUGGAGUUGUUUGGUGUGCA